AUGAAAAAACUGACGAGUAGACUCGGGACACAGCGUACAAAUUCCACGGAAAAUUCGCCAACCGCACCUGGGCUACAAGAAAACGAUAUUAUUGCUCAACCGGUUGAGGUGCCAAAAGAUAAGCUGCUCGGCGACCUUCUCCCGACUGGCUUCGACGAAAAAUCUUGCGUCAGUAGGUACCAAUCACUGUUAUACCGACGAGGGACUCCAUGGAAGCCUUCCCCUUACCUCAUAUCCAAGUUACGAAGCUACGAAGCUCUGCACAAGAAAUGUGGGCCCCACACCUACCAAUACAACCAAACUGUCAAAAGUCUCGAAUCUUCCGGCAAACACAGCUUGGACACGCUCGAUCACUGCAAGUAUGUCGUCUGGGUAUCCUUCAGCGGCUUGGGUAACCGAAUUCUGACUCUGGCUUCUGCUUUUCUUUACGCGCUUUUAACCGAACGAGUCUUACUCGUCGACCGUGGUCUCGACAUUCCGGAUCUCUUUUGCGAGCCCUUUCCGGAAGCUUCUUGGCUGCUGCCUUUGGACUUCCCGUUGACCGACAAAUUCGACGGCUUCAACCAGAAAUCGGACGAGAGUUACGGAAAUUCGCUCAAGAAAAAUGAUUCGUCUGUUGCAAAAGUAGAACCGUACGUCUAUCUUCAUCUCGUUCACGAUUAUGACCACCAAGACAAGCUCUUCUUUUGCGAUCAAGAUCAAGCGCGUUUCGAAAAGAUACCGUGGCUAGUAAUGAAGACUAACAAUUACUUCGUUCCCUCCCUUUUCUUGAUUCCUUCUUUCGAGCGUGAGCUCCACAAUCUCUUCCCGAAUAAGGAAACUGUUUUCCACUUCUUGGGUCGAUACUUGUUCCACCCGACAAAUCCCGUGUGGGGGCUCGUAACUCGAUACCAUGAAGCUUACUUAUCCGAGGUGGACGUGAAAGUCGGGCUUCAAAUAAGGGUGUUCGAUUGGGAGCCUGGCCCAUUUAAACACGUCUUGGAUCAGAUACUUUCGUGCACGAUUAAUGAAGAUAUAUUGCCGGAAGUUAACCGAAAGGAAUCUGUAUAUAAUAAACCUCCGUUCGGAAAGAAGAAAAAUGUAGCCGUGCUUGUGACGUCUUUAAGCCCUGGAUAUUUCGAACAAGUGAGAGACUUGUAUUGGGAAAAUCCUACUUUCUCGGGCGAGAUUAUUAGGGUUUAUCAACCGAGCCACGAGGGGUAUGAACAAACUGGAAAGCGGAAUCACAACCGAAAGGCGUGGGCCGAAAUGUAUUUGCUGAGCUUAACGGAUAAGUUAGUGACGAGUUCUUGGUCGACUUUUGGGUAUGUGGCUCAGGGACUCGGUGGGAUCAAGCCGUGGAUACUAUACAAGCCGGAAAAUCGGACCACUCCGAAUCCGCCAUGUCGUCGGGCCAUGUCGAUCGAGCCUUGUUUUCAUGCUCCGCCGUUUUACGACUGCAAGAUGAGAAGAGGUGUGGAUACAGGUGAUAUUGUUCCUCAUGUGAAACAUUGUGAGGAUAUGAGCUGGGGGCUUAAGCUGGUUGAAAAGUAUUAA